GAAAGGUCGUGUCGUCACGGUGAGGUAAUAACAAACAUGGCGGGGCUCAGCACGGCGCGGUGCCUGUUCCGGAGCUGCUCCCGGAUCAAACCUGUCGAGAGGAGCAGACACGUGUGGAUGAGAAGCGGCGUCCGGACGUUCGGCAGCGGAGCUCAGGACUCAGACAAUGUGAAGCCCCGGUUCACAGAUGCAGCUGUGCAGGACAUCCUCACCAGGAUAACAGGCCUGGACCUGCAGAAAGUGUUCCGACCCAUCAAGCAGAAGCUGAAGCCGCCCACAUACAAACUCAUGACUGAAGAACAAGUGGAGCAGGCCGUCAUGGAGGCCGCAGAGCAGGCGAAGAAGCUGCUGGAGAUGCCCCCCGUCCUGCCGGAGAGGAAGCCCAUCAGUGACGUUCUGUGUGAGGAUAAGAUGCUGGAGGGCAUGGACACGGCUAAACACGUCUUUACAGACAUCACAUACAAUAUCCCACACAGGGAGAGGUUCAUUGUCGUACGGGAGCCCAGCGGGACUCUUCGGAAGGCGACCUGGGAGGAGAGAGACCGGCUCAUACAGGUCUACUUCCCCAAGGAGGGACGCAAGCUCACAGCACCCCUCCUCUUCAAGGAAGAGAAUAUGAAAAUGGUGUUUUCUCAGGACCGGCACGAGGAUGUGUUGGACCUGUGUCUGGUCCAGUUUGAACCAGACUCCUCAGAAUUCAUCAGGGUGCACGCCGCCACGUAUGAGGACCUGGACAAGCAUGGCAAGUACGAGCUGCUGAGCUCCACCAGACACUUCGGAGGCAUGGCCUGGUACCUGGUCAACGCUCGCAGGGUGGACGGGCUCAUAGUGGACAUGCUGAAGAGAGAGCUGUUUAAGGAUGCCGUGAGCCUAGUGUCUCUGUUCCACAUGGUCCACCCCAACAGUGAGUCAGCCCAGGAAGCUGCCAGCCAGCAGGCCACUGGUACUGACCUGCUGAAGAUCUAUGCCCAGAAGGAGUCCCAGAGGUCGGGCUACAUUGAACUGGCCCUGCAGGCGUACGAACAGACGGCCGCUGAAGAAUCUGCUGCCUGAAAGACCCACUCCUAGACAGAAAUACACAAAUUCAAUGACGAGGAGCACCGGGAACCACUUCCGGAAAGACGGACUGAGUGAAUUUUCUGUUACUUGACUGCUGGGUCCAAGAGUAGUAACAUGUGCUUCUGGACUCUUUUUUUACUUUACAGUGUGAAAAUAGCUUUGAAACAUCUUGUCCAAUGAAAAGUCUGUCAUUACAACAUCUGUAUGAGUUUUACAUUUGGAGCUCUGAGAAAUGUGUAGAUGGACAAAAGAAGUGGAGAACAUUCGGGUCACAGGCCCAAAUGAUGUACAUAACAAAAUAAAGAUCUUUGUACGUGUGA